UGCACAACUAAAACAUCAGAAGAGAAGGGAACAACUAUUUAUGAAGAUGGCAAAAGCAGAAAUAUCAAGAUUGCUGUUUCUAUUGACAACGAUGAUACCACUGGCUGCUCAAGGUUCGAGAUUGUACAGCUGGGCUAAUCAGCUGGAGGAAUCUGGUAAGGACAAGGUAACUAACCUUCAGUUCUAUUUCCACGACACUUUGAGCGGCAAGAAUCCGACCGCCGUUAAGGUAGCACAAGCCGCCGACACUGACAAAUCUCCGACGCUGUUCGGCUCAGUGUUCAUGGUCGACGAUGCUCUCACCGAGACGGCCGACCCCAAAUCCAAGCUCGUGGGCAGGGCCCAAGGCCUUUACGGUUCUUCAUGUAAAGAAGAGUUAGGACUGCUAAUGGCGAUGAGCUUCUGUUUCGAAGACGGUCCGUACAAGGACAGCACCAUAAGCAUGAUCGGGAAGAAUUCUGCGAUGAACCCAAUUCGAGAAAUGCCAAUCGUGGGCGGCACUGGAAUGUUCAGGAUGGCUCGUGGGUAUGCUAUUGCUCAGACCCAUUGGUUCGAUCCUAAGACCGGUGAUGCCAUUGUUGGCUAUAACAUUACUGUUGUUCACUAGAGAAAAUUAUAGGAUUUUGUUUCAGUUUCAUAUAAUAUUUGCGUGAUCCGUAUUAUGUAACAUGUAUAACUUGAGAUAAAUAAAAUAUGUACUUUUCCAUUAUAGUAAAACACAAGUUACUUGGUA